AUGGUCUACAUCGGAUUUCUCCAUCUAUGGUCUCCAAUAGUUUUUGGUAUUUUGUCAUAUUUUUCCAAUACAAUUUUUAUCUACAUCAUCCUUCGAAAGACUCGUUCUUCCUUCGGUGCCUACAAGUACAUGCUCAUGAGUUUUGGAAUCUUUGAUAUAAUGUAUUCAACAGUUGAUAUGGUCGUGGCUAUGGGAUCUCACAGUGAAGGAAACACAUUUUGCGUUUUUGUAUCCCACGGACCAUUUGCUCAUGACAUUGAACUAGGAUUCAAGGCAUUAUGUGUUCGAUGUAUGUUCUUUUCUUUGAGUUACGGCGUUCUAGAAGUUCAUUUUAUUUACCGAUAUAUUGCUCUCUGCCGUCCAAAAUGGAUCUCCAUAUUCAGUGAACCAAAAUGGAUUACUGUAAUGGCUCUCGGAGUUUUCGGACAAGGAAUCGUUUGGUUCUGUUCAGUCUAUUUCUGUAUGUGGUCUGAUGACGAGAUGAGGUCGUAUCUCGAAGUGCCAUUCCGCCGUGACUACAAUGCUGACGUUCAUAAAAUUCCAAUUCUGGGAAGUACAUAUUGGGGAGCAUCAACUAAACUUAUUGUACCAGACAUGAGUAAAAAUACAAAGAAAAUGCAUCGAAAUCUUCUGAAAGCGUUGGCUAUCCAGACCUUCAUUCCUUUCGCAAUCAGCUAUGUUCCAUGUGUUGUUGCAUGGUCUGUCCCAAUAAUUCAUGUGGACACCAAAAGUCUGAAUAACUUCACAGCAGUCAUCGCAGUUGCAGCUUUUCCAUUUAUCGACCCACUGGCAAUCAUGUUGUUUCUCCCAGAUUAUCGGAAUUCACUCUUCAGAAUAUUCCUACCGUGUUACUUCAAUCCAACACGAACGUAUCCAGAAACCACUGCGGGAGAAGUUUCCGGAAGAACGACGAAUACAUAA